AUGAAAGGGAAUGAAGCAGUAGACAAGGUGCAACCUGCAGAGGUUAAUGAUAAUGAUGGAUUCAAGGAUAAAAAGGGAAAACAAAAGAAUAAGAGGAAAUUUCAUAGAGAUGAAAGGAUGGUGGAAGCAAAGGUUGCUGAUGCUUCUAAUCAGGUUGUUACAGUGCAGCACAAUGUAAACACUAAUGAUAAGGGCAAGAAAAAGCAGAUGGAAGAAUCAAAUCAGGUUUCUAAGGUUAACCCAGGUACUCCAGUUAGAGAUAAGAGGGAACAUUAUUCACAAGAAACUAGUGACACCUUACUCAACAAAAACUUGGAGAAAGGUUUGGAAGAAGAUAAAUCAGGAAAAGAAGGAAAAGAAAUCACAAGGCCACCAGAAAGUGACAAUUCUGGCAAUUUGCUUGUGGAACCAGUAGAGAGUGCACAUCAUGGAAAACAAGAUGAGGUAGAAGCACAAGCUGAUCAUAAUAGCCAAGAGGAGGAAGAUUUGACUCAGAACAUUGAUGAUGUAGCACGGGAGACAGAUUUAUCUUCUAGAAGUGUGCAGAAAUUGAAGCAGGCAAUAAAUAAAGAAAAACCUGUCAGAAAUACCAGUGUUCCAGCUGCACGAGUUUCAACAAGGAAGAAACAACAAGUUACUCUGCAACGAACUCACCCAUCCUUAAGUCAAUCAGUGCUGGUGUCAGUAGUUUAUGCUAAAUGUGAUAGAGAGGAGAGGGAAGAGUUAUGGGAAUCUAUGGUGGAGUUAGCAAAUCAGCAUGACCUUUCUUGGAUAAUAGGAGGGGAUUUUAAUGUCAUAGUCUCUUAUGAGGAGAAACAAGUUGGUCUUCCAAUCACAUCCAAUGAGACAUUAUAUUUUUUUAACUAUACACAAAGUUGUGGUUUGAUUGAUGUAGGAUUCUCUGUAAGCAAAUUCACCUGGUGGAAUGGGAGGACUGAAGAAGAUUGCAUAUUCAUAAGGUUAGAUAGGAUUUUGAUGAACCAGCAAGUGCUAGAUAUUAUGCCAUCUACAACAGUGAUUCAUAUUAUCAGACAUGGUUUUGAUCAUGCACCAUUACAUCUGGAGUGUAACAGCAAUGCACAUAAUAUUAUCAAAUCUUUCAAGAACACUUAUGGGAAUAUAUUUCAGCAAAUUGCCACUAUUGAAGCUACUAUAAAAGUGAAGGAGUUGCAGUUUGAAACUAAUGCUUCAAGGGAGAAUAGAAUGCUGCUACAUCAAGCACAAGCUGAAUUAACCAAAUUUUUACACUUGGAGGAAGAGUACUGGAAGCAAAAGGCUGGUAUGAAAUGGUUCAAUGAUGGGGAUAUAAAUACUAAAUUCUUCCAUUCAUAUGUGAGAGGCAAGAGGAAUAAAUUGGCCUUGAAAAGAAUACAAGAUCCAAAUGGUACUUGGUUGGAAAAGGAAGCAGAUAUUGGUUAUGAGGCAAUCAGGAUCUUUAAGUCACAGUUUAGUGAAGAAAACUCAGGAGGUGAUUAUGCAUUGUUGAAAACUAUUCCUAAGCUGAUUACUGAAGAGCAACAAAAGAAUAUGGAGGAGUUGCCAUCUGAAAGUGAAGUAAAGAAAGUUGUGUUAUCACUCAAUGGGGAUAGUCCUAAUGGGCCUGAUGGAUUCACAGGACACUUCUAUCAAAAGUGUUGGGAGAUUAUCAAGAUAGAUGUGGUUCAAAUGGUUAGAGCAUUCUUUUGUGGAUUUGUGAAGGGAAGGAACAUUGCAGAAAAUGUAUUACUGGCACAAGAGAUCAUCAGAGAUAUCAAUUUGAGAGCUAAACAUACUAAUAUGGUGAUCAAAUUAGACAUGGCAAAGGCAUAUGAUAGGCUCUCUUGGAUAUUUUUGACUAAAGUACUAAGACAGUUUGGAUUUGGAGAGGUUAUCAUUGAUUUGGUAUGGAGAUUACUGUCAAACAACUGGUAUUCAAUAUUGAUAAAUGGUCAAAGUCAUGGUUGUUUUAGAUCAAGUAGGGGGUUAAAGCAAGGUGAUCCACUUUCCCCUACACUAUUCAUUAUUGCAGCAGAAGUCUUAACAAGGAGUCUAAAUAAGCUGCAUGAGAAGCCAAGGUUCAUAGGCUAUAAAAUACCAAAAUGGAGUCCUCAAAUCAAUCAUCUAUCAUAUGCUGAUGAUAAAAUCCUAUUCUGUUCUGGGGAUGGAUAUUCAUUAAAGAAAAUGAUGAAGAGGUUGAGGAAGUAUGAGAAGGCAUCAGGACAACUGGUCAAUACUGAUAAAAGUUGUUACUAUACUCAUCAUAAGGUAUCUGCCAUAGUUAAUAACAAGAUCAAAAGACAUACUAAUAUGAGAAAUGGAUCCUUUCCUUUCACAUAUUUUGGAUGUCCAGUGUUUUAUGGAAGAAGGAAGCUGAUAUAUUAUGAGGAUUUGAUCAAAAAAUUGACGAAAAGGAUUUUCUCCUGGCAAAACAGACUGUUAUCUUUUGGAGGUAGAUAUGUGCUGGUUAAUCAUGUGUUACAAACCAUGCCUGUGUAUUUAAUGUCAGCUAUGAAUCCUCCUUCUGGGGUGAUAAAGCAGCUUCACAAGAUAUUUGCAAAAUUCUUUUGGUGCAAUACUGUGGGGGUGAAAAGAAAACACUGGGUGGCAUGGGACAAGUUAUGUCUACCAAAGGAUGAAGGAGGGAUUGGUCUUAGAUCAUUAACUGAUAUAUCCAAUGCACUAUUUGUGAAGUUGUGGUGGAAUUUCAGAUGUGGAAGAAGCUUCUGGAGUAGCUACAUGCUGAACAAAUACUGCAAGAAAUGGCAUCCUACUAUGGCAAUAGAUAGAGGAGGUUCUCACACUUAA